AGCCACUCAAGUGGGACACCUUCCCUUGGGGCUGCCCUGGUGUGUUGCCCAGAUAGGUCCCUUGGAGGAGGACAGCAGGUGGCUACGUGGGGCAGCUUGCAGCCACAGGUUUUUAGGCCAGGGAAGGGGCGGUGCAGACAGCUGGCCUUGUCUACUGUGGCUGAAACCUUGGGGCCUUGUCGGGCCUUGUCUGGGGCAGGGCCAGGCCUAAAUGGGCUGACGUACUUCUGCCUGUUCUCCGUUCUGCUCCUUCCUGGAGAGGGUCCAGCUUGAAUUUCCCCAGUUGGUGGCAAGGGGUUGGGGGUUGAGUCAGAGGUCAGGGUGGCUCUGGGUUGUAGGGCCAGAGUCUCCUCACUGACCAGGACACUCUUGGGUGGGUGGAGUGCUGCGAUUGCUGAGCCUGGAGAGUUUGCACACUGCCUCUCCGUGCACUCUGCCUGGGUUCCAAGUGCUCCGUUUCCAGGUCCAGUCUGAGCACGUUUUCCAACAGGGGCUUGUGUGUUUCAGACAUUAUUGGUUCUGUCUGCUUUGGAGAGGGGGCAGGGCCCUGGGCCCUGGACAAAACUAGCUCCCUGCCCAUCUGCCAGCCCUUCACUGGCUGCCCAGCCUGAAAGGCAGCGUCUGGGGCUGGUGGGGAGGGGGACACAUUCCCCAGAGGCUCCUGGAGAACAGCCUUUCAGGGCUGGGGUGGAAGCUCAUUUGAAUGAGAAUCAGGUCUUUUCUGCCCGUGCGGGUUAGUCUGAACCGUGGCCCCACUAGCGCCAGCUGCGUUGGAUGGCGGAGAAGCUCUGUGUGCCUCUCGCCCUCCCCACCUUCCGUCUGCAUCUGGUGGCCGCCAUUAAUAUCCUGUCCCCAGCCACGGCCUCCCUUGGUUUCUCCGGCUCUGGGGACCUCCCUGCUCCCAGCUGCGCCGUGGCCCCACCCUGCAUGCUCCCUGGCUCUGAUAGCCUUGCGUUCAGCUACCAUGCCUGAUUCUGGCUCCCACUGCCCAGGAGCCCCAGCCGGGCUAGGCCCCCUUCUCUUAGCCCUGCUGCUGCUGCUGCUGCCACCCAUGGUCCCAGCUCCCAGAACAAGUGCCCAGGAGGUACCAGACAUGAUGCCUCCGCCCGGCUGCUCAGGUGGCAACUGCCACCCACCUACUGGCAAUCUGGUUAUUGGCCGUGGCCAGAGCCUUCAAACCUCAUCCACCUGUGGCCUCCAUGGCCCUGAACUCUACUGUGUUGUCAGUAAACUACAGGCGCCUCUCCAGGACUCGGAGAAUUGCUGCUUUUGUGAUUCUCGGGACGGGAAAAGCCAUGGCAUUGAGAAUGUGGUCUCCCGGAGUGACCCUGAUGGCAAAAAGACCUGGUGGCAAGCAGAGAGUGGUGUUGAGAAUGUCACCAUCCAGUUGGACCUAGAAGAUGCCUUUUACUUUACCCACCUCAUCAUGACUUUUAAGACAUUCCGCCCAGCAGCUCUGCUCCUUGAGCGCUCAGUGGACCAUGGCCACUCCUGGCAUGUGUUCCGCUACUUUGCCCACAACUGCUCAGGCCUCUUUCCUGGGAUCCCUCCUGCCCCUGGCCGCAGAGUCAGUGACCUCGUCUGUGACCAGCGUUACUCAGACAUCGAGCCUGCCACUGAGGGAGAGGUAAUUUUCCAAGUUCUGGACCCAACCUUUCUGGCGGAGAACACAAACAAUGCGGAGAUUCAGGAACUCCUGCGUGUGACUAACCUCCGUGUGAACUUCUCCAAGCUGCACACACUGGGUGAUAGGCCCCUGAGGGGCCUCAAGGGCCACCCCUUCUACUACUAUGCUCUCUAUGAGCUAGUGAUUGGAGGCAGCUGCCUGUGCCACGGCCAUGCCUCCGAGUGCAGGCCCGCACCUGGGUCCCCACCCAGCGUGGAAGGCAUGGUGCAUGGCCAUUGUGUCUGCCGCCACCACACCACUGGUACCCACUGUGAACGCUGCCAGGGCCUGUACCAGGACCGCCCGUGGCAGGCAGCAGAGCCUGGGUACCCCCACACCUGCCAGGAAUGCGAGUGCCAUGGGCACGCCCGCAGUUGUCACUUUGACAUGGCCCUGUAUCUUGCAUCUGGCAACGUGAGUGGAGGUGUGUGCGAUGCAUGUCAACACAACACGGCUGGGCGCCACUGUGAGCUCUGCCAGCCCUUCUUCCACCGGGACCCCCUGGAGGACCCCCGCUCCCUUCACUCCUGCAAACCCUGUGACUGCGACCCUAUGGGUGCCCUGGAAGGAGGUUUGUGUGAUGCCUACACAGACGCCACCCGGGGUCUCCUCUCUGGGCAGUGUCGCUGCAAAGUUCACGUCUGGGGCCAGCGCUGUGACUCCUGCCGGCCAGGUCACUAUGGCCUGAGCCUCACCCAGUCAGAAGGCUGCCAGCCCUGCAGGUGCAACGCCCGGGGCCGGGUCCCCAGCACUCAGGCCUGUGAUCCAUCCAGCGGUGCCUGUCACUGCAAACGCUUUGUCUCUGGACGGGACUGCAGCCGCUGUCUGCCUGAGUUCUGGGGUCUAAGCAGUGACUCUCUAGGCUGUCGGCCCUGUGACUGUGACUUUGGGGGUGCCUACAGCAACAGGUGUUCUGCAGGGCAGGGCCUCUGCCUCUGCCGCCCCCACCUGCAUGGCCGCCGCUGCCAGGAACUCCAGUCUGGGUACUUCUGUGCCACCCUCGACCAGGCCACUGCUGAAGCAGAGCAUGGCCACAGCCUCCAGCCUGCUGACCCCCGGCUGCCUGGAGCCCCCUGGCCUGCUCCCCCCUACUGUACACCAGCCCCAGGGACCUCCUCUGGUUGGCUCGGGCCCCGACUUUGGAGACAGCGUGACCCUCGCUGUGCCCUCCAACGUGCCAGGCAAGCCUGGUACAGCCACCAGCUGCCCAGGACCCCAGGGAAGCCCCUGCCCCUGCAUCAGGGAGCUGGCUUUGCACUGGGGAGGGGCUCAGGCUUCGCACGUGUGGUGGACGGGGCUGGCCUCUCUCUGCUGGCACCGACAGUGCCUCGCGCCCUGGACUAUGACAUCGUCCUACGCUAUGAGACCGAGGCACCUGAAGUGUGGCAGGCAUUAGUCCGGGUCCGUGCCCAGUCACAGCCCCGCAGUACCCGCUGUGCCCUUCCGUUGCCCUCAGAGCAGCUGUUCCAGGCGACCUUGACCCAUGCACGCAGAGCCGUGGUUCUUUCCAGACCGUUCUGCUUUGAACCUGGAACACGCUACUCCGUGACCCUGCGGCUGUGGCGGACCAAGGAGGGGCGGAGACCCGAGGGGGGCACGAUUCUCCUGGAUUCAGUCGUGCUCCUGCCGCGGGUUGGAGAGUUGCCUGGACUGAGGUCCGUGGACCCGGGGGCCCUGGGGCGCUUGCAGGAGCUCCAUGAGGCGGGCUGCCUGGAGGCAGCGAGGGUGAGCCCACCCCAAAGCAUGCCUGAGGCCUGCGCCCACCUCGCCUGCAGCAUCUCAGCCCUGCUCCAUGGAGGUGGCCUCGUGUGUGAGUGCCACCUGCAGGGUUCACUGAGCACCGAGUGUGCCCCACUGGGGGGGCAGUGCCCCUGCCGCCCUAACAUCACAGGUCGUACCUGUGACCGCUGCUUGCCUGGGACAUUUGGCCUCAGGCCCACCGGAUGCCGUGAGUGCCGCUGCCACCCCGAGGGGGCUGCCAGUGCCGUCUGUAACCCUACGAGUGGGCAGUGCACGUGUCGGGCAGGCUGCGCUGGUCGCCGCUGUGACCGCUGCCUCUCUGGCCGGUGGGGCUUCCCACGCUGCCAGCCCUGUGCCUGCAAUGGACACGCCGAGUUGUGCCACCCAUUCACAGGCGUCUGCCAGGACUGCCGCGGAGCCACCACAGGCCGGCAUUGUGAGAGGUGCUUGGACGGCUACUAUGGAGACCCCACCCUGGGCUCAGGCCAGCGGUGCCAGCCCUGCCCCUGUCCUGGGCACCCUGGCUCAGGCCUCUAUCAUGGGACCUCCUGCCAUGUGGACAGCACCAGUGGACAUGUCCUGUGCCUCUGUGCCCCCGGCUAUACAGGACCCCGCUGUGACCGCUGCUCCCCCGGCUACUUUGGGCGCCCCUGGCCUGGAGAUGACCCCAGAAGGAGUCCCUGCCGGCCCUGCCAGUGCAACAACAAUGUUGAUCCCCGUGACCCAGCCGCCUGUGACCCCCACAGCGGACAUUGCCAGCGCUGUCUGCACCACAGCCACGGCGCUGGCUGUGCCCACUGCCGGCCUGGCUUCCACGGCAGUGCCCUGCGCCCAGGGGGCUGCCGGCGCUGCAGCUGUGACCCCCGGGGCACCAGCCCUGUGAGGUGCCCACCUGAGGCUGAAGCCUGCUUCUGUGACCCGGUCAGUGGGCAGUGCCCCUGCCGCCCCCACACACUGGGGCGGGACUGUAGCCGCUGUGCCCCCCUCUUCUGGAACCUCGGGGGGCCCCGGGGCUGUGAGCCCUGCAGCUGCCACGCCCGACACUCUUUGCAGCCGGGGUGUCACCCAGUCACGGGUCAGUGCCCCUGCCGGGCAGGAUUUGGGGGCCGCACGUGCUCCUGGUGUCGGGAUGGGUACUGGGGUGACCCGGAGCAGGAGUGCAGAGCCUGUGCCUGUGACCCCCAGGGCUCCAUCUCGCCCAGCUGUGACCCGCACACAGGCACCUGCCGCUGCCGAGACGGCAUCUCAGGGCCGAGGUGCCAGGCGUGUGCCCGUGGCUCCACAGGCGGCUUCCCACACUGCACGUCCUGCCCUCCCUGCUUCGCCUCCUGGGACCAACGCCUGGCUCCCCUCCAGCUGCAUCUGGACACCAUGGUCCAUGAGGUGGCCGCCCUGCGACAGGGCAUGCCUGGCUGGGGUGCUGGGCUCCGGGGAGAUCAGCUGCAGGCCCUGGAGGGUAAACUCCAGCAGGCCCAGACACUCCUGGAAUCGCCUUCCCCCACCAGAGGUCCCCUGCGACAACUUACAGAGUGGAUCACCGGACUCAGGCAAGGGGUCUGGGGUCAUUAG